CCGGAGAUAGUAAUAUGUGUAUACACUGAUAAGGUUUGUAAUUAUUUUAAUUGAAAUAAUGGAUAGCACAUACAGUACAACGCUAUAUAUGAACUUUAUCAAAUUCUUCUAUUUUACAUUACAUAAACAAAAGUCAUCUUUCCAAAUUAAUUUAACUCGAAAACCUACUUACUUGUAAUUAUUUACAACUGAAUAUACGUGUACGUGUCAAACCUGGCAACCACAGUCUCCACUUUAAAAUCUCUCCGGUUAACAACCCAACAACAACAACAACAACUGUUUGUUUGGUAUUCAUUAAAAUAACGUCAAAUAGAUGUUGAAAUUCUACAUUCAUAUUGAAUGUAUUUGGAGCCUUUUCUUAAACAUGUCCUUUGUAAAAAGGCGUUCCAUUUGUUAAAUGCAUAGUAGUUCCGCUCUUGUGUGUCUUCCGGACCGAUAUCAGCGACGAACCAAACGUUCCAGCUGCAGAAAUCCAAAUUACACAUUUGAACACAGAGAGCGAAUCUACCGCCGAAAACAUGUCGGAACAACCCGUGAGAGUCUUGGCGUGCGGAGACGUCGGCGGCCGGCUGAGCGCUCUGUUCAGCCGAGUGCAGAGCAUCCAGAAGAAGGCGGGACCGUUCGAUCUGCUGCUGUGCGUCGGGGAGUUCUUCGGGGCGACGCCGGAGGCCGAGGCAGAGUGGCAGCAGUACAAAACCGGAGCCAAGAAAGCUCCCGUCCACACCUACGUCCUCGGGGCGGCGAGCCAGGAGACGGUGCGCAGCUUCCCCGGCGCCGAAGGCUGCGAGCUGGCUGAAAACAUCACGUACCUGGGGCGGCGCGGCGUGUUCACGGGCGUAUCGGGCUUACAGAUUGCCUACGUCAGUGGGCGGGAGGCCCUGCAGGAGCCGGCCCCCGCCCACUGCUUCACCUCCAAAGACCUGUCGGCCCUCGUGGCCCCGCUGACCAGCGGCUCCAAGUUCCGAGGGGUGGACGUGCUGCUGACGUGCCAGUGGCCCCGCGGCGUGUGGCAGUACGGGAACGCGCCGGAAGUGAACACGAAGGCCUGCGGCAGCGGCGCCGUCGCUGAGCUCGCCGACCACCUGAAGCCGCGGUACCACUUCGCCGCACUAGAGGGCGCUCACUAUGAGAGACUCCCCUACAGGAAUCACGUGAUCCUCCAGGAGAACGCUCAGCACGUGAGCCGCUUCAUCGCGCUCGCCGCCGUCAACAACCCCGCCAAGAAGAAGUAUUUGUACGCCUUCAACAUCAUCCCGAUGAAGACCAUGGAUCCUUCAGAGCUGGUGAAGCAGCCGCAGGACGUCACGGAAAACCCCUACAGGCGCUCCACCAAGGAGAGGGCGGAGCGGCUGAAGACGAGCCUCAGCUCCACCCAGGAGGAGGAGCCGGCCAAUCAGUUCUUCUUCGACCUGAGUAAUAAGCAGGGGGCGGGGUUUAGAGGCCGCGGCAGGAAGCGAUACUCGGACGAAGGACGAGAUGGGCGUCCUGAUGGACAAAACAAGCAGCCCCGCAGGCCCCCUCAGCCGUCUGGUCCCUGCUGGUUCUGCCUGGCCAGUCCUCAGGUGGAGAAACACCUGGUCAUCAGCAUCGGGACCCACUGUUACCUGGCUCUGGCCAAAGGCAGCCUGACCCCCCGGCACAUGCUGAUCCUCCCCAUCGGCCACUACCAGUCGGUGGUGGAGCUGGGCUCCGAGGUCCUGGAGGAGAUGGAGCGGUACAAGGCGGCGCUGAAGAGCUUCUACCAGAGCCGAGGAGAGCGCUGCGUGCUGUUUGAGAGGAACUACAGGAGCCAGCACCUGCAGCUGCAGGUGGUCCCGGUGCCGCUGGCCCGCUGCACCACGGAGGACAUCAAGGAGGCCUUCAUGGUGCAGGCCCAGGAGCAACAGAUGGAGCUGAUGGAGAUCCCGGAGCACACCGACCUCAAACAGAUUGCUCCUCCUGGGACACCGUACUUCUACGUGGAGCUGGACUCGGGGGAGAAGCUCUACUACCGAAUCCAGAAGCACUUCCCUCUGCAGUUUGGAAGGGAGGUCCUGGCCAGCGAGGUGUUGCUGAACAUCCCGACUCGAGCCGACUGGAGGGAGUGCAAACAGAGCAGGGAGGAGGAGGAGGACAGCUGCAAGCAGCUGAGGGACGACUUCCAGCCCUACGACUUCGCCUGGGAAGACUGACGCACACACACGCACACACACACACAUUCUAUGGAAUCUCCUGCGUUUAUCAACUGUUUUGCAUUGUCCCGCCCCACUGCGCUACUAUUGGCUAGUACUGUUGAGAUCAUGUGAUAUGAUUGGCUGAUUUGUGUGUGAAUGAACACAUUAUGUUUGUAUUUUGUAAAAGAGCUACAAUUAAACUCUUAUUUUGUGUUUCUUA